ACGAAUGGACAAUUAAAAAAGUUGUAAAGAAUUUGCGACGUAUUGUACUUAUGGAUCUUUUGUCAGGCAGUGAUGCUCCUGAUAUAAGGUUUACACUUAAAACCCAGACACGAAUUCCAAUUGAUCCCAAUUUGAAAUGUCUUAUCAAAGACGUGCAAGAUCCAAAUCGUAACGAGUCUUUUAUGGCUUUGCGACCUUCUGAUUUCGCAGGCACGUGGCUUCAUGUAACACGUGUCGAACAGGCGAUCAGCAAAACGAAGUUUUUAGUCACAUACGGAAAUAAUGUUACUCUUAAACAUGUAGAUUGGAUUCGAAUGUUUAACCGAUUAUCUAAUCUACCAAACAAAGAUCAAUAUCAGCAACAAUCAUAUCAAAAUGAAUAUGAUCUUAUAAGUUUUGAAGAUAUACCAAAGCAAACAAUCUCGGUUUCGAGGACGCAAAAACAGAACAUCGAAGACGACGUUUUUGGGAUCGAGUUCUUAUCAAACCACAUAAAAGAAGAUUACAAGAAAGAAGAAAAUAUUUCAUCCGAGUUCAAAGGGAUAUUACAGUGCACAAUCCCCGCGUCAUUAGACUUUGCUCGCCAAUUCAUCCAGCGUAUUGGUGACGAUUAA